AUGGCGUCAACUUCGGCUCUGCCUAAGCAGAACCCUGCUCUUAGACGCACCGUCACCUCCACCACCGUGACGGAUACUGAGUCUGCUGCUGUCUCUCCUUCAGACUCUCCCCGCCACUCGGCCUCUUCCACCUCGCUCUCAUCUCUCUCCGAGGUCGACAUUUCCAAGCCCAAGGCCGAAUAUGGUGUUAUGCUCGACACCUACGGCAACAAGUUCGAGGUUCCCGACUUCACCAUCAAGGAGAUCUACAAUGCCAUUCCCAAGCAUUGUUUCAAGCGCUCCGCUCUCAAGGGAUACGGAUACAUCCUUCGCGACAUUGUCCUCCUUGCCACCACCUUUAGUAUCUGGUACAACUAUGUGACCCCCGAGUACAUCCCCAGCACCCCCGCCCGCGCUGGUCUCUGGGCCGUCUAUACUGUUCUCCAGGGUCUUUUCGGUACCGGUCUCUGGGUCAUUGCUCACGAGUGUGGCCACGGUGCUUUCUCUGACUCCCGCCUCAUCAACGACAUCACCGGCUGGGUUCUCCACUCUUCUCUCCUCGUCCCCUACUUCAGCUGGCAAAUCUCCCACCGAAAGCACCACAAGGCUACCGGAAACAUGGAGCGUGACAUGGUCUUUGUCCCCCGAACUCGCGAGCAGCAGGCUACUCGUCUCGGCAAGAUGACCCACGAGCUUGCCCACCUCACUGAGGAGACUCCCGCCUUCACUCUGAUCAUGCUUGUUCUCCAGCAGCUGGUCGGCUGGCCCAACUACCUCAUGACCAACGUUACCGGCCACAACUACCACGAGCGUCAGAAGGAGGGCCGUGGCAAGGGUAAACACAACGGUCUCGGUGGCGGUGUCAACCACUUCGAUCCCCGCAGCCCUCUUUACGAGCACAGCGACGCCAAGCUCAUCGUCCUGAGCGACAUUGGUAUCGCCCUGACGGGUACCGCUCUGUACUUCCUCAUUCAGAAGUUUGGCUUCUACAACAUGGCCAUCUGGUACUUCGUUCCCUACCUUUGGGUUAACCACUGGCUCGUUGCUAUUACCUUCCUCCAGCACACCGAUCCUACUCUUCCCCACUACACCAACGACGAGUGGAACUUUGUCCGCGGUGCCGCUGCCACUAUCGAUCGUGAGAUGGGUUUUAUCGGCCGACACCUUCUCCACGGUAUCAUCGAGACUCACGUCCUCCACCACUACGUCAGCAGCAUCCCCUUCUACAACGCCGACGAGGCUACCGAGGCUAUCAAGCCUGUCAUGGGCAAGCACUACCGCGCCGACGUCCAGGAUGGCCCCCGUGGCUUCAUUCGUGCCAUGUACCGCAGUGCCCGUAUGUGCCAGUGGGUUGAGCCCAGUGCUGAGGCUGAGGGUGCUGGCAAGGGUGUUCUGUUCUUCCGCAACCGCAACAAGGUUGGCACUGCCCCUGCUGUCAUCAAGCCCGCUGCUUAA